UAUUGGUCUUGUUCUUUUAGUGUUUUAUAACAAAAAGCCAAUUUUGUUAUGAUCACAUAUUGUUCAAGUGAUAAAUAAUACGUGCAUAAUAUCAUUGUUUUCUCUUUCCCUCACCAUUGUUAAUUACACAGUCAAUUACCGGAGUAUUUUCCAGCCACCGGACGGCGAUCGGUUCCCGUGGUUUUGUUGGGUAACAAAAUUAAGUUCUAGGGGUUCUGAUAUUGCUGCAUAUGGCGAGAAAAGCUCUUGGUGCUUUAAAAGACUCCACCAUGGUUGGGAUGGCCAAGGUUAACAGCGAGUACAAGAAACUAGAUGUUGCUAUACUUAAAGCCACAAACCAUGUCGAACUACUGCCAAAGGAGAAGCAUCUACGAACUAUUUUCAAUGCAGUUUCAAGCAACAGGCCUCGAGCAGAUAUUUGCUAUUGCUUACAUACUCUUUCCAAGAGGCUCACCAAAACGCGUACUUGGCAAGUUGCACUAAAAGCGUUAAUUGUUAUUCAUCGUGCUAUGAGGGAAGUCGAUGUUUCAUUUCUUCAAGAGCUUGUUAAUUAUACUGCUCAUAGAGGCCAUUUGUUAAACCUAACACAUUUCAAGGAUGAUAUGAGCACCAAUGCAUGGGACUAUUCGACUUGGAUUCGUUCUUAUGCUUUAUACCUGGAAGAAUACCUUGAAUGCUUCUGCAUUAUGAGAUAUGAUUUUCAGAGAGAACGGAAGAGAAUAAAGGAGCUAAACACCCCAACCUUGAUACAGACAAUACCUGCUUUACAACAACUGCUCUCUCGUCUUCUUGAUUGCCAGCCAGUGGGAGCAGCUCAAAAUAAUUUCUUGAUUCAGCAUGCCCUUUCAAUUGUUGCAGCAGAAAGUGCGAGUCUAUAUGUAGCAAUUGCUGAUGGGAUGCUUAACCUGGUGGACAAGUUUUUUGAGAUGCAACGUCAUGAUGCAGUCAGAGCACUUGAAAUUUAUCGAAGGGCAGGAGACCAGGCAGUAAAGUUGUCUGAGUUCUUCGAGAUAUGCAGGAACCUUGACUUUGGACGAGGGCAGAAAUAUGUUAAAAUUGAAAAGCCGCCUGAAUCAUUUAUAACAGCAAUGGAAGAGUACUUGAUGGAUGCACCAAAACCUCUAAUGAUUACAUGGAGACCGGAUGAUGAUGACAGAAGUACCAAGGUCAUUGCUGUUCCUGAAUCCAAACAAGAGACUGAUCAAGAGCAAGAAACUGAAGUACAAACGAAAGAAGAGAGUAACACCAAGACUCCAACCCCACCCCUCAUUCCUGACCUUUUAUCUUUUGAUGACCCAAGUGAAGAAUCAGCUGCUUUGGAAGAUAACAACAACCUAGCUUUAGUUAUUAGUACACCUGAGGAGUUGUCAAAUUCUUUGAACAGUUCAGACCAAUGUAGUGAACCAACAGGUUGGGAAUUGGAACUCGUUACAGCGUCAACUUCUAACCAGGGGCCGUCCACAUAUAAUAAGCUGAUACAAGGGGGUGUACUAGAUAGAUCAAAGUUGGAUAAUUUGUAUGAUACAGCAUUGGCAAGACAGAAUAUAAAUGACCCUUACAAUAGGGAAGUUUCAUCUAAUCCGUUUGAGGUAGCCGAUAAUUCCCAGGAUGCAUUUUAUAGUUCAAGCAACUCUGGAACAAGUGAUGCACAAAAGGCUGCUAUGGCUCAAUACCAUGACUAUAUGGUUUUAAUGCAACAACAGAUGGCCAAUAUGUCUCAAUUACAAGAACCAUUCAUGGGACAACAACAAAUUUGUGGAAUUCCUGGACAACAUGAAGCCUUAAUGCAGCAGCAAAUGGCCGCUAUCGUUUCUCUACAACAGCAAAAUGCUGUUAUAACUCAACAAGAGGAAGUCAUUAUGCAACAACAAAAUGGUGGAAAGAAUCAACAACAAGAAACACAGAUGCAAGAAAACAUAGAAGGACCAGCAUCGGUUACUGAUGCAAAUCCAUUUGGGAAUCCUUUCACCGAUAUUACAACUUAUAAUCCAUCUCAGGAUCAGGCUCAUGUAUCUCAAAAUCAAAACUCACAGGCUAGCUUAAUAUAAAAUCAUUUUUCAAAAACAAAGGAUGGUAUUGAGGGAUAAGUAUUCUUUCUGUUAUGCCUUCCGAGUGGCAACCAUUACCAUUAACUACAAUCUACGUAUGAUGCUAAAAAGAAAAGAUUGGGUUUUUAGAAAGAUGUAAUGUAAUAGCUUCUCUCUAACAUAAACUUCUUUGUUCUU